AUCCCCGCACCAGUUUUGAAUUUCCCAUGAGGGCUUUGAACGCCCGUAAUGGCGCAUUAUUGUGCUUGUUGGGUUUCGUGACAAUUAUGCGUUGUUAGGAAACAUGCAACAAACCUGGUAAUGCGUUUAACAUGUCAAUACUAAUGCAUUUACUUAUGACUGUGGUCCUCUCAUCCGGCAUUGGUUUCAGAACUUUUUUCAGUUUCUCUUAAGAUGUAACACGUUUUCCUGUGUCGUCGUGUGUAAAAGUUCUCGAUAGGAUGUUUUCUUAUGCAAAGAGAUAUUUGAAGUAUUUCGUAGAAAAUUGCUCGAUCCAUGGUGUGCGUUACUUAGGAGAAAGAUGUAACGUUCCAGCCAAGUAUUGUUGCUAAGUAAAACUUAAGUAUUGAUAAAUUUAUGUCGACAAACGUUUCAUUCAAGGUUAUUCUGGCUAUCAAUGAUUGUCUGCUCUUUCACGGCCAUGGGAUAUAUUUUACUUUACACUUUAGAAAAUUACGAAGAAACAGUUAAUAUAAACAUAGACACGUCGUACUUGCGUUGGAAUCACACAUUUCCAGCUUUCUCUAUUUGUUAUUUGAAAGGUUCAGCCAUGGUUCCGAUUUCUAAGUUUUUGGAAGAAUUUUGGGAAGCAACGAACAUAACAAAACCAUCAAAGUUAUUAGGCUACCAGCGGUUGGCUCACAGCUAUACAUUUAUAAGCUCUAGCGCUAGUGUCGUCGGAAAACAUGGCAUGUGUACAGGCAGAAACUCAACUUGCGAUCUUAAUUUAGAAGUUUUGCGGCAACUGUUUUCGAAAUUGUUACAGUUUGUGCCACAAGAUUGCACCAAAGUCUUCGAAGAUGUAAAAUAUUUGGGAAUUUCUUACCCUUGCGAAAAGUUUUUUCGGUUGUUCGGUACCGAAAUGGGUCUAUGCUUUGUUGCAAAUAGUAUAUAUUCGUAUAAUAUGAAAUAUGAAAACCUUCCGUUGAAAUAUACGGCUAGAGAUGAACGCCGGAUUUUCGAGUUCAAGUAUAAAGAUAUUGACGUGCUUUCGUAUACAUUGUAUCUGCACAGUCCUGAUGAACUACCAUAUGCAUCGAUGUACAACGAGAUGUUAAGAAAGGCGGGAGCAGCAAUCUAUGUUCCUGUAGAUACAAUGGAAGUUUACAACAAACCGGACAUAAGAGAUCAACCGAUGGCACAAAGAGAAUGUCGCUUCCCAUUCGAGAAUAUUACAAAUUAUUUACCGUACAGCUUCACCAAUUGUGCUUUGGUUACUCGCAUCGAGACAGAAUUCGAAAUGUGUAACUGUACCAAUCCUGCUUUUCCGAAAGAAUAUUCUUCGCGUUAUUGUAAUUUUGAAGGAUUGGCAUGCAUUUUCCAAGAUGAAGUCUCAUUUCGUACAAAGCAGAAACUUAUUCGAGAUAAAACAUGUAUUAAAUCGUGCUUAGAAAUGGAAAUCAAUUUACUUGGGAUAAGCAUAGAUGAAAUGAAAAAUAACUCUGAAUUUGGGCACGUUGUCUUGGAGGUUUUGAAUCUACCAACAAGUCGUUAUGAACGAAGCGUAGCCCGGACAAGUUUGGAUUUUAUUGUUUCCCUCGGUGGCGUUGGGGGUUUAUUCUUUGGAAUUUCUUUGCUGAGUAUAGUAGAAAUAGUGUAUUUUUGUUUACGCUCUACCAAGGGUUGAAAUGUGGAAAAUUUAUUCUAUCCAUAUACCAUCUCUUGUGACAAAUUAAAAAUAAAAUUUGUAACUUAAUAAAACACAACUACAAAACUUUUGAACUUUUAAGCUGGCCAUUUUAACUCUCCAGCUUCUCGUCGGAAUGUGACGUUGCACUUUGAUCAGGGGAUUUAGAUUGUAGUUGAUCCUGUUGAAGCAACUGUUGUUUAGCUCCCUGUACGUAGCUUAUAGGAAUUAAACCCGACCUGACGUUAUCGACCGUUGCUAGCACCCAACCGGUGUUUAGCAAAUUGUUAUCAAUCUGGACAUUUUUGGGUGCAAUCAAUACAUUUUGGCCAGCACGAAUCGUCAGUUCGGAUUGAUUGGAAGAAUCAAAAUUGUAGACAGCAACCGCUUCUAACGCACCUUUCCACGAGCUGGGAUUUUUGGCUAAAAUAUAUGAUACAAUACAACAAACUGUGAAAAAAAAAACAAAUGAUUUUAAACUUACUUUGAUCCACGGUGUCUUUAUUUCCGAAAAGUUUCAUCAGCAAGUACGGUGCCGACAUAAUAAAUCCAAGGAACAGCAUCACAGGUAAAGACGAUCCCUUUUUCGAAGGGUUUUGUUCUGCUUCCAUCGAUUCCGCUAGUUUGAAGGCUUGAGUAAAACUUUCCGAAGCUGGGUCGGUUUUCGUUAUUUUGAGUAGAUAUAGAACCCUGUUGAUUUGAACAGCAAUGAGCACAUGAGGU